CGCGCGUUAUUUUGAGAAGAGAAGUUCCGGAGAAGUGUCACCGGUUCGAUCCCCGUGUACCGACCCGCUCCUCCACCGGUUCGAUCCCCGUGUACCGACCCGCUCCUCGUAGACCCGGAGGUCACCGGUUCGAUCCCCGUGUACCGACCCGCUCCUCCACCGGUUCGAUCCCCGUGUACCGACCCGCUCCUCGUCGCCCCGGGUCCCGCAGCGGAGCGAUGUUCAGCCCUCGCAGCGGAACCGGCUCCGGCCGCCGGCCGCAGGGCCGAGCCCCCGGGAGGAAGAGCCUGUCCGGGCCGGCCAGCAGCCUGCUGUUCUCCCCCAGGAGGACCCCCCUGUCCGCCAGGUCGACGCCCACCCGAGUGCAGAGUCACGCAUCCGCAGAUUCAAUCAACUACGACGUCCAGACCUUCGGAUCCUCGCUUCCUGUCAAAGUGAUGGAGGCGCUGACCAUGGCUGAUGCCGACGAGCAGAUCUCAGUGAAGGUGAACGAGAGCGGCUGGGCCUGGAUGGUCUGUGGAGAGAACCUGAUCAUCUGGAAGAUCAGUCAGACGGCCGUGGCCAAGCUGUCGGUGUGUAAGGAGCUGCAGCUUCCUGGCAGCGAGUACAGCUACUCCGCCGACCUCGUGGCCGUGGCGUCCGCCUCGCCCCUGGAGACGGCCUCGGUCCAGUCCAUCUCCGUCCUGGCGGCGGCCACGGAGGGAACCGCUCGGUUCUGGCCCAGCUUGGCUCAGGAGGGAAACUACACCGAGAGCGACGUGGACCUGGGAGACCUGUGCCACAGUGUGGUCGCUGUCAGAGGUGGAAGCUUUGUCGUGUCCUCGGUGAAGAAUCGUCUGCUGCGAGCGAGCACGGACGCCUCGGGGAAGCUGCAGUACCGAGCUCUGCAGCAAGGGCAGGGCAUGUUGUCUGGGAUCGGACGCCGCGUCUCCAGCCUGUUUGGCAUCCUGUCCCCCCCGCCCAACGACACGCUCCACAGCGUGCAGUGGGAGGGCGGAGCCAGCUGCCUGUACACGCUGACCAGCUCCAGCCUCAGCAGGUGGGAGAUGGACGACAGCUGGGAGCAUCAGACCCUCAGCUGGGACGCCCGGCGUGCUCUGACCGAGAGCAUCAGCGACGCCAUCUGGGGCUCAGAGAGCAACUACGAGGAGAUGAAGGAGGGGGCGAAUGUGACCUAUCUGGAUAUGAAGCUCAGCCAAGCCGGCCUGGUGGUGCUGGCUGCAGCCUGGCACCCGGAAGACACGCCCUGCCUGGCCUACUUCUGCCUGGUGACCCUCCAGGACAACGGAGCCACCGUCGCAGACCAGUUCACUGUGGAGGUCACCAAGUACAACCCUCCAUUCCAGGGUGAAGACGCCCUGCAGGCCACACGGCUAGUGCUGCCCCCGGCUCCCGGCUCCAUCGCCUACCUCUACAACGAGGAGCUGGUGUUCGCCUGCUCCACAGGAACCAGCGGGGCGGGACUUCCUGAUGAGAAGAUCAGCUUCAGCUCACCAGGUGAUGGCGUCCGUGGGGGGGGCUGCUGCGCCAACCUGCCGGUGUUUUUCUCCCAGAACAGCGGCCUGGUGGCGGUGGUGGCCCGGCAGUGCGCCUCCAUCCUGCCGGAGACCAUGGAGGACUCGCUGUGCUCGUCGCUGGCCGCGGCUCCGGAGGUCUCAGCCAUGGAGACUCCGACCAGGUCCGAGCCUUUCGCUCAGGAGGACAAAACCAAACUCCUGAAGACGGCCUUCCUGCAGUUCUGCCGGAACGACCUGGUCGGGGCUCAGACGGUCACAGACGAGCUGUUUCCUGCCGACGGCGACGGAGAGGAGGGGGCGGAGCUUGACAGCGUGGUGAUUCAGAUCAACCUGGACCUGGUGGACGACUACCCGGCGUCCGACCCGCGCUGGGCCGAGUCUGUCCCCGACGAGAGCGUCGGGUUUCCUCUCACGUCCCUCAUCAUCCUCCACCAGCUGGAGGACAAGAUGAAGGCCCACGGCUGCUUCAUGGACUUCCUGCUCCAGGUGGGUCUGCUGGACCGGCUCGGCCAGGUGACGGUGCGUUCGGCUCCCAUGGCGACCCGCCUGCUGCUGUGUGAGCAUGCAGAGAAGCUGCAGGCAGCCAUGGUGCUGAAGAACCACCACACCAAGCACGCCGAGCUGGUGAACCGAGCCGUCGGCGCCGCGCUGCAGAGGAGCGGCGCCGCCGUGCCGCCGAGCCUCACCGCCGCCGACGUCUUCUUCAGAGAGGUGUCUCAGAUCUCCUCGGUGUUCGACUGUCUGCUGGAGGAGGAGGAGCGGAGUCUGAAGGAGAGCCCGGUGGACUCGGUGCAGUGGGCCGAGGUGGUCCUCACCGUCAACAGCAUCAUCAAGGACAUGCUUCAGGCCGCUGGUCAGUACCGAGAGACCAAGUCCUCCACAUACAGAGCUCCUGAGAAAGCAGCUGCUGAGCCCGAGUACAUCCCGUGGACAGCGUCCGGCGGCGUGGGCGGCGUUCGCACCGUCAUCUCCCGCCAACACGAGAUCAUCCUGCGCUCCGUGUACCCGCAUGCCGACUCGGCACUCCGCGGCGCCCUGUGUGAGCAGCUGGUGGCGCUGCUGGACAUCUACCUGGGCGGCUGUGUGGCCCAGCUGACCUCGGUGCAGCGGCAGCAGCGCCCCCCGGGGGCCCAGCAGGAGCGCUACAACAGCCUGGAGCUGGAGUACGCCCAGCGCCGCUCCGAGCUGCUGCAGCCGCUGCUGGAGCUGGGUCAGUACCAGUGGGUGGCAGCACUGAGCGAGAAGUACUGUGACUUCGACAUCCUGGUGCAGAUGUGUGAGCAGACCGACAACCAGAGCCGCCUGCAGCACUACAUGGCCAAGUUCGCAGACCAGAACUUUGCUGACUUCCUGUUCCGCUGGUACAUGGAGAAGGGGAAGAGAGGGAAGCUUCUGUCCCAGCCGGCCGCUCAGCACCAGCAGCUCUCCAGCUUCCUGCAGGCUCACCAGCACCUGAGCUGGCUGCACCACAUCCACGUCCACAACUACCACAAGGCCCACAGGACGCUCUACAGCCAGGCCAACCAGGAGGCACGCUACUUCGUGAAGAAGAAGACGCUGCUGGCGCUCAGUAAGCUGACGGCGCUGGCGUCCGACCUGCCAGACGACCAACUCAACAAACAAGUCGACGACAUCGUGGAGCAGGAGCGCUUCCUGUUGCACCAGGAGACGCUGCCGCGGCAGCUGCUGGAGGAGAAGCAGCAGAACCCCGACACCAUGCCGCUGCUCAGCGCCCACAACCUCAUUCAGUUGUACAUCUGCGACGACAACAGAGGAGCCAACGAGUACGACUACAAGAAGGCUCUGGAUCUGCUGGAGUACAUGGACCAGGAGGACGCCGCGGACACCGACUCUCUGAAGUGUGAGAUCCUCGGGAAGGCCCUGAGAAGAGACGACUGGUCCUCGGCGGACGGGAGCGACGACCCUCUGGAAGCCGCUAAGGACAGCGUCUUCGUCAAGAUCCUCCUGAAGCUCAUCCAGGAAGGAGUUCCUCUGCAGACGUUCCUGCCGGACGUCAAAGAUCUUCUGGAGUCCGACGACCUGAGCGGCUUGAAAACAAAACCCUACUUUGAGUUUGUCCUUCGAGCUAAUUAUGAACAUUACCUCCAAGUGCAGAUGUGAC